GCACGAUGAAAAACGCGGCCCGAUUUUCCCAUCGCUACAGUGUGCGGUGAGGAGAAAACAACAGGGUGACUCUGUCACGUCUAAUUCGAUUUGUGGCCUCUCACUGCUCUCUCGCUCUCGUGCUCUCGCACCCCUACGGCUCAAUCCCCACUCCACGGUGCACUUUUCCCCGUCGGAAUGUAAGCAAACCCGCAUGUAAGCAGAAGGGUGCGCGUACGGGUGAGAGAGAGAGUGAAACAGCGCUACAGAGCAAACACCAUUUUCAUCUCGCUCCCGUCCAACGCUCUACGUGCACGGUGCUGCUACGGGCGUGGUUCCAAGCACACAGCACAGCGCGAUCUCUCUCUCUUACCUGCUCUCUCUCACUCAAAACAUGCACACACUCACAAACACACAGACAGCGCUGUACUGCUCUUUCACCCCUGUGUCGGGCAACGCUGGGUGGCCGCAGUAGACGCAGGGUUUCGGGUUUUCGGAGGGUUGCGAACUUGCUGAACUCAACCCUGAGCACCACCACCACCACCGCUGCGCUCAGCAGUCUUUACCUUCCCCAGGCCGCACACACGAGAGCAGCAGCAGCAGCAGUUCGAUCCGGUUGGCUGCUGCUGCUGCUGCUACUGCAGGGCGAGUGAGCGAACGAGACGGGCGCGAGCGAGCGAGACAGGCGGCUGGUGCGGCCCAAAACAAUGUGGUGGGGUCGAGCACUGGCUGAUCAUCGCGGUCGGGUCGGGUCGCGCCAAGCAUCACAAGUUCGACUCGGGAAGUCCUUCUGGUCAGGCGUGUUGCGCGUUCCCGGCUCUGUGCGCUCUCUCUACCGUAACGUGUGUGCGUAACGUGUCUGUUGUUGCGGGCGCCUCGUGAAACGUGUCCGCUUCCUGAUAGUGCAAAAUCUGCCACGAUAACACACCGGCAGCGUGAAUGUGUAUGCGUGCGUGUGUAUGUGCACUUACCUGCUCCAAAAAGCCGUCGCGUUCCGUGUGUCCUACCCGGUGGCGGUCUUUGAUUUCACGAACGGAUACAAACGUGCGUUUGAGUGAUUGUGUUUAUCUUUUUGAGAAAAUAUUUAAAAAAAAAUCGUGUUUGGGUUAAGAUUUUACAAACCGAAUCAUCAAAAAGUGACCGCCACGAAAACCAACACGAUAAUAAGUGGUCGAGCUUUCCGCACGCGCUACGCGAUCGAUCGUACGCAGCGACGGUUUCGGCAAAAGGAUAACCAUUAACGCGCGCUGUCACGUGUUUCAACAACAACAACAACAAGAAAGGGUUCGCGCUUUUUAGUGCGUAUUUUGUUUGCGUAUUUUUUAUUUAUUUUGCGUCCCUUUUUUCGUUCAUACGUGAACGUGGUUGUUUGGUGCGUGUGAAGCGUGUUUUGGUGUCGCCCGAAAGCUGUGUGUGUUCGAAUUAAUUUGAUUUGAUGAUAAAACAAAACAAGAAAAUUCCUAUGCAAGAAAGAAGACGCGCUAGGUGCUUUUGAGCAAGAAAAAGGCACUUUUCGCUCGCGUGUUUUGACAAUAAGCAGAAACAACAAAGUGAUUGUGUGAUUUGUGCAACCGGUUGAUACCGCGUCUGGUACUAAUGUGGUGCGACGAUCCGGUCCGCUAAAAAAAGAUAUUUCCCGUGCGUCCCACAGAAAGCCCACCCAGAGAACCGCAAACCCCUAAACCCGCCGCCGGUUUCGCGUUGCCCCGGGGUUGCACAGAAAGGCGGACAAAAUUUUCCUCGAUAGCGUCGGCCCCGACUGUGGGGCCAAAACCGGAAGCAAUAUUCUGGCACACAACACCCUCAGCAUGUACGGCGGUGGCGUACUGUGCCCGUCGCCCUCGACGGCGACGGGUUUCUACAACCCGCGCGGCCAGGGCUCGGAGAUCGGUGCGCUCGAGCUGGGGUUCCCGCGGGGGAUGGCGCUGGUGCCGCCGCCACCGCACGGGGCCUGGCGCGAUCCGAGCUCGCUGACCGGUACCCACCUGCCCGUGUCGUCCAGUACGGCGUCGGCCGCCGGCGACGACAUCACCACACUGGGCAGCCAGGGUGGCGGGCCCGGGCCCGGCCAGACGGGUUCGGUGGUCGUGCCCGGCAUGCAGACGUCCUCCUCCUCGUCGAGCGGUGGUGGCGCGCAGGACAAGAAGGACUUUAUUUCGUCCUCGUCCGGCGGCUCCUCGAUCGGCAGUGUCGGCCAGCAUCCGUCCGUGACGGGGCAGGGGAACACGAUCGAGAAGAAGGAGUUCCUGUCGCUGCAGCAAAGCACCACGCCCGGUUCGCAGAGCAUGAACUCGCAGAACGGGCAGGACCUGAAGAACCAGAACAUCGAGUGCGUCGUCUGCGGGGACAAGAGCUCCGGCAAACACUACGGACAGUUUACGUGUGAAGGCUGCAAAUCAUUCUUCAAGCGCUCGGUACGGCGGAAUCUCACCUACUCCUGCCGGGGCAAUCGGAAUUGCCCCAUCGAUCAGCACCACCGAAAUCAGUGUCAGUUCUGUCGACUACGAAAGUGCCUCAAAAUGGGAAUGCGACGUGAAGCCGUCCAGCGAGGUCGAGUUCCACCGUCCCAACCGCCGGGCAUACCGUACGGCCAGUACUCGAUACCAAACGGUGACACCGUGACCGGGUUCAACGGUCACUCGUACCUUAGUUCCUACAUUUCGCUGCUGCUGCGGGCGGAACCGUACCCCACCUCCCGGUACGGCCAGUGCAUGCAGACGAACAACAUCAUGGGCAUCGACAACAUCUGCGAGCUGGCCGCCCGGCUACUGUUCUCCGCGGUCGAGUGGGCCCGCAACAUACCCUUCUUUCCGGAUCUCCAGGUCACCGACCAGGUGGCCCUGCUGCGGCUCGUCUGGUCCGAGCUGUUCGUGCUGAACGCGUCCCAGUGCUCGAUGCCGCUGCACGUCGCCCCGCUGCUGGCGGCGGCCGGCCUGCACGCAUCCCCGAUGGCCGCCGACCGGGUGGUCGCCUUCAUGGACCACAUCCGGAUAUUCCAGGAGCAGGUGGAAAAGCUGAAGGCGCUCCACGUCGACUCGGCCGAGUACUCCUGCCUGAAGGCGAUCGUCCUCUUUACCACAGAUGCUUGUGGGCUGUCGGACGUGGCACACAUCGAGUCGCUGCAGGAGAAGUCCCAGUGCGCGCUGGAGGAGUAUUGCCGGUCCCAGUAUCCCAAUCAACCGACCCGGUUUGGCAAGCUACUGUUACGUCUUCCCUCCCUCCGAACGGUCUCCUCCCAGGUUAUAGAGCAACUGUUCUUCGUCCGACUGGUAGGCAAAACGCCUAUAGAAACGCUCAUCCGUGACAUGCUGCUGUCGGGCAGUAGUUUCUCCUGGCCCUACCUUCCCUCGAUGUGACACACGGCCGUGUGGCGCCAACUGACAACGACAUGAUCUUCACUGAUGAUGGGAGGCGCGUCCACUACCGCGGUAGCGGCGGCCGCCACCCUUCAACAUCAGCAGCAACAGCAACAGCAGCAACAGCAGCAGCAACAGCAACAGCAACAACAGCAGCACCAUCUGGAAGAGCUGCAGCACCAGCAAGCCCACUCACACCAGCAGCAGCAACUACAGCAGCAACACCAUCAGCAGCAACUUACCCACCAUCUGCAGGCUCAGCAGCAGCUACACGAACAGCACGAUCACCAGCUACAGCAGCAGCAGCAGCAGCAACAGCAAGCCCUCGGUCUCGCUAACUCCCAGGCACUAUCCCCUUCGUCCAGCUCGUACUACAGCAGCUGCUGCUCGGAUAUGGCCGCUGCCGCACUGUCCUCGCUGAUGGCCACCACCAGCCAGUUCACCCAGUUCCAGAACACGCUCAACUUUGUCAGCGGCGGUACGAUCGGGGCCACUGUAGCCGCCAGCAACACCACCAGCAGCAGCAACAGCAGCAGCAGUAGCAAUAGUAGUAGCGGCAGCCACGCCAGCACUAGUAGCUCGCGCAGUGUUGCAAGCGCCGGUGACACACUCGCCGCACCCGGAUCUAGCGGUGAAGGUGCGGGAGCACCGGACAGUGAGAGUGCGACGAUCGACGGCAACCAGGAUGGGGGCGGCCACGUGAACGGCAGCUUCGACAGCACGCUGGCAGCACUGGCUGCCGUCGAUCAUGCUGUGCCGGUCGGCGAUACGCGCAAAAUGAUCCUCGGGCUGGGAGUCAACCACCAUCUGCCCGCCAGUCUGCAGCUGAUCGAGGAUAUGGAUCACCGGGCCGGAGAUUCGGACAGUAGCAGUGGGCAGCAGCAGCUGCGGCACCAGGACGACACGAACGUGUCCGUCGUAGACGAUGAGGCGUAAGCGUAAGCAACGAUGUGAACUCAGACACUCUCCCUCGGCGUCACGGUACUCGGUAUUCUCCAAGAGAAUGUUAGCCAAGGUAAACGCACGCAAGGUGUCGUUCGGUUAAAAAUCUAUUAUUUAUCGCGAGCAGUCUUCAUUUCGACCUAUUUGUUCGUUUUUUUUUUAAAGAAAUCUUGAGCUCGCUCGCUUGUACACGCUAAAUUAUGUUUCGCCCAAACUUUAAAAAAAAAAACACACCCUUGUGCAAUGUUGUAGUGCCCGCCGGUGGCCACACGCUCACCACUCGGAAGCAGAGUGACAGGGCGCAGUUCAGGAUCGUAGGCUCGCGUCAGUUGUUCGGUUAAGGUUUUUUUGGAAAGCAAACAAACUUAUCGAAUUAUCUAUAGUCUAUAUACAUGUAUCGUACUGUGUGUGUGUGUGAGUGUAAUUAAGAAAGAAGGGACAGAGAUAAAGGUGCGUGCUGAUUUAAACAACAAAAAAAACAAACUGAUAUUGCAAUAUAGAAUUAAGCGUGAAUAAACUGUGGCAUUUCUGCAAACACCGCAAAA